AUGGAGAUGACCGGACACGUGAACAGAGGGGACCUAGAGGAGGUUCAACUGGAACAAAAGUCAGAGAGCUGGAGGAUGCAGUUGGAGGUUGAGAGCUGCUCUCAGCGGCUGCUCAGGCUGCUCCUGCUGCUCUGCUUCAUGACUCUGCACAGCUCAGCCAUCGAAACCGAGGGAGAUGAGCUGUUUCCCACCAACAGGGGCUCCCGGGCUCUCCUCUUUGGGACAUUCCUGGAGUCUGAAUCAGUAUCAGAGGAUUCCAUCUCAUGUGUUGUCUCCCUGUCAGUGAACGUGGUGGACUUCUGUGGACAGACCAUCAGAGGAGACGGCAUGAUGGUCAACUCACACCAGGAGUCUAAGAAGUACUACUUUGUGACCAUGGGGACCGACUGCCACCUCACCAUGCAGGCCAGCUCCCCUAAAGACAAGGUCCAGUUCCACUUCCGCUUCUUCCUGGUCUACAGUUUGCUACGAGUGGCCCCUCUGAGCCCGGCCCCUGCCCUUCCAGAGUCCCCUCGUGGCUCUGCCCCUCUUAACCCCAGACAGGAGCCCACCUCAGGUGAAAGCCCGGGGGACCCUUGUCAUGCUGGCUCGUAUGUUCAGUUUUAUGAUGGACGGGACAGGAGCUCACCUGCACUUGGGCCCCCUCUUUGUGGGAAGAGUCCCCCAAGGCCGGUGCUGUCCACAGGAAACUACCUGACACUGAGGCUGGUCACUCGGGGGACUCAACCUAGAGUGGACUUUGUGGGGGACUUCACCUCCUUCAGACUGGGCUUCAACCAAUCGGAGUGCAGCAACGAGCCCUACUUCACCUGCAGGAACGGGAAGUGUAUCCCUCUCAGUCUGGUGUGUGAUGAGAAGGGCAUUGACAACUGUGGGGAUGGAAGUGACCUGGAGGAAAACCUGACCACCGGGUGCAAAGCAGGUCAGCUUUUACCUCCUGAACCUCCACCGGCCUUAGCAACCCCAUCCCCACCUUUUGUGGAUCCACCCACAGUACCCAUUCCUAAACACAUGAGCUGUGGCAUGCCAGACAACCCUCCCAACCAUGAGUCAGUAACAGACUCUCCCGCCUCCUUAUCCUUGUUGAUCCUUUACAUCCUCCUUGGUGUGGUGGCGGGUAGCGUGGUGCUCUGCUGGUGCUGCUGGUCACCCGGUUGGUUCCUGUGGCGAGUCAGCAUUUGUCGCUUCUUACCCUGCUGUAACUCGGCAUGCGCCUCCUGCCAGUUCUGCGCCCGCAGCUGCACCCACAGCAAGGAGCACCGACUGGCCAAAGUCACCCCUCACGCGCCGGUCAAUGGGGCGCCAACAGGAGCGGCCGCCACCACCACCAACAGCGCUGAAGACAACAUUACCACUGCUGCUGUUUAG